AUGGAAGGGGAAGAAGAGAGUGAAAGAUGGCCGCAGCUCGCACCGCCGCCGUCGCCGGCGAGCGCCGUGCUCUCCGACGAGGACCUCCUCGGCGAGAUCCUCCUCCGCCUCGAGUCCCACGAACACCUCAUCGCCGCCGCGAUCGUCUGCAAGCACUGGCUCCGCGUCGCCUCCGGCGACCUCUUCCUCCGCCGCUUCCGAGUCAUCCACCCGCCGCGCCUCCUAGGCUUCUGCGUCGACGACGGCGGCGGCGACGUCGGGCGGCGGCCGCAGUUCAAGGCACUCCCGCAGCAUCCGGGCGUCGCCGCCGCCGCCGCCCACCGGACGAGGCAUGGGUACUUCGGCGCGUUCGGCCACCUCGCCGGCUACCACCGUCCAUCCAUCGCCGACUGCCGCGACGGCCGUCUCCUCGUCGAGUCCACCGACCGAGCGCCGCGGCGGCUUGGCAUCAACACGCCAUACCGCUACACUGUGCUCCGGCCGCCGCACCCGCGGGAAUCCGUGCAGCUCCUCCCUCCGCUGCCGCCGCCGCCAGGCGGCGGCGCCGGGAAGCACGUCGUCGAACGCGUGUUCCUGCCCGAGGACGGCGGCGGCGCCGGCGGCGACCAUGGCAUCACCCUGGUGUACGUGUUGCUGGUCGAGCGGAGAGUGACCGCGCGAGUGCACGUUCUGGACUCCGGCGGCGCGUGGGGAGCGCCAACCACGGCGGAGACGGAGCUCCCGGCGCCGUCGUGCGACGACGCCGUGGAGACCGUUCUGCCGCCGAUCAACGGCGAGGUCUACGUCGUGACAACCUCCGGCUACACGCUAGGUUUGCGUCUGGGCACCACGCGCUUCUCCGUCGUCGAGCUCCCGGACGCGGCGAGAUCAUCCGCCAACUUCAGGAUGGCAUGGUCAUACGCCGCCGCCGCCGACGACGACGACUUCGCUCGCGGCCGGCUCUGCCUCGUCCACGGCGAUGGGACACGGCUCAGCAUCUGGCACCGGAAAACGACGACCAUGGAGGACGACGGCGGCGCGGCCGGAGUUGGGUGGCGGCUCGCCGACACGUUCUGCGUGCGCGAGGCGUGCGAGCGGGUCGAGUGGCUUCCCGACGGCUGGUGGACCGGCCGUGUCGCGGUGAUCGCCGUCGGCGACAACGCCGAGUUCGCGCUGCUGGACUUGGAGAAGGUCGGCGUCGUGAUCUACGUGCACCUGCGGUGGAGGACGGUGAAGAAGGUCUACGAGAGGAAACUCCCCGACGCCGACGAUGGCGGCGGCGGCGGCGGUGACCGCCAGCGGCCGGUGAGGGUGUUCCCGAUGACGACGGUCUGGCCGCCGACGUUCCCGGCGUUGGACAAACCACGACAGAAUUGCUGCGUCAGAAGCCCGGACGGUCUCGUCAGAGCCUUGGUGAUGACGUGCCACGCCGGCUGGUCGGCGACGUCGCCGUCGUGCUCACGCCGGGAUGGGGAAGACGACGACGAGGACGUCGGAGUGCUCCCGGGCUGUUCGUGGGCCGGAUGGUUCGAUCACAUGGGCGCGAUGGUGGCCCAGCUCGCUGAAUGGGCCGCGCAGCCCAGAAGCCCAGGAAGAUGGCGUUGGUCUUGUCUCUGA